AUGCCAGAAUUCCGUAUUCUCGAUCUCCCCACGGAGGUCCAAUCAUUAGUGGUCCAACACGUGGCAAAUAACUCCUUCGUAGAUCUCUAUAGACUCCGAUCUACUUGUAAGUUAAUGUGUGCGUUGGUAGACGGUCGAGGAGUGUAUGCUUCGUUUGAUCUGUUUAAAUAUCCUUGGUACGUCGGCAUGGACAAUACAUUGUUGAGAAGAUGCUUCGAUGAGGGAAACCCAAGUACUCUUUACAUCAAGGGUGUAGAGUAUUUCUACAGGCUAGAUCGUCACCAAGAAGGACUUGCUUCGAUAAAGAGAGCAGCUGAUGCAGGAUUCGAGCGAGCGUUGUAUACGUAUGCCAUGACUCGCAAAAUAUUAUGGGAGGAUGAGGAGUACUUCUCUCGUUUCACAAGAGAAUCUGUUGGUAAAAUAAGAAAGGUUGUUAGAUCCUAG